AGCUUGUGUUAUCUUGGGUGUCAUAUUCCUUCUGUCAUCGCUAUGUAUUGUGAUCAAAGCCAUCCAUGAUCUUGCGAAGAAAGUGCUUCCAGAAGUGGAUGAUUUUCUCUAUAGUGUCUCCGUUUUAAGUGGAAUCCUUUGCACUGUCUUGGCAGUAAUCAAAUUUAUGCUGGGAAAGGUCCUUACAAGCAGAGCGCUGAUAACUGAUGGUUUCAACUCUCUUGUAGGUGGAAUAAUGGGAUUUUCCAUCCUCCUUAGUGCAGAAGUUUUUAAACACAAUUCUUCUGUCUGGUAUCUGGAUGGCAGUAUAGGAGUUUUAAUUGGACUUACAAUAUUUGCCUACGGAAUCAAGUUGCUUAUCGAUAUGAUACCCCGUGUAAGGCAAACACGCCAUUACGAAAUGUUCGAGUGAAGAUCACACCCUCUCCUCUGUAAGGACUGUAGAACUACAGCAUCGUACAUUUUGGCGAGUGGUGCCAAUGGUAUUUUACUAAAUAUGCAGUUUGUUUUCCCGUGGUCUGUUUUUGUUGAAGUUUGUUUUAAUGGGAAAUCUCUUUGUAAACCUGGCAUAUGUGCACACUGCUUGCAAUUCAGUGAAACAGCGGCAUUUUUUUUUUUUCCAAGUAUGCUAUUGAUUCCUGUGACAAUAGAAAACAUGCAGUUUGCAGUUUUAACCCAGCUGCCAUGUUGUAUAUUCCAGAGUGAAAGUGUUCUUAAUGGUGUGAUAAGCCUGUGGGUAAAGAAGUGCCAGAUUUACAUCUUGGGUUUUUUUAUUUUUUUUGUCCCCCUGGCCUGUAUUUUCCCAAACAUGCUGUAACAGAAGUACAGUCCUUGCUAACCUCUUUGGCUAACGGUGUGAGUAUCCGAUGUAGAGCCUGGAUACCAAGAGCUAUGUUGCUUAAAACACUUAAGUAGCUACUUCUUCCCCCCCCAUUCAAAUAGAUGCACAGAAAGAGCAGGUACAAACCUUUCUGUGAUCAGAGAGAUACUUCAUUUUAAUCUUAAAUUAACUGAAACUAUACCUCUUCAAUUCAAAUUCUAUUUUUUCUUAACGAGACACUGUUCAUAGCUUUGCAUGGACCAAACAAGCACACACAGUAUUACUAUACAGACCAAAGCCAAAAUGUCAUGCAAGGAAGAGGAGCUGCUUGAGGAUUUUCAUCUUCUAUUAUACUGUACGCAGAUGUACCAGCGUGUGAGACUUUGUGGUUGCUCUGUAGUCUAAUGAUGGCACAGCAGUGGCUCAAUCUGGUGGUGAGAUACAGAUCUAUUUAUUAGAUUUAGAUUGUCCUGUAAAGUGUUGCUCACCUUCCAUCACACAUCUUAUAUAUUACUUAGUAGCAGGUUAAAUUAUCAAAGAAUCUUGAUGUAUAAUCAAUAAAACUGGUAUCUAUUUUAUACAGUAUCUGUAAGUAACAUUUGAAAACUAUUUGCAGAAUGUAUCAUAGAACAAAGUCUUCCUGUAUAGCAGCCUAUUAAACUGGAUUCUCUGGCUAUA